UUUUUUUCCGGGAACCAAUUUACCAAUCUUAAGGGCAGAUUCAGGGGUGCACUAGGGGCAAGUGCCACCCCCGCUGGAAAAAAAUAAUAUUAAAAAACAUACAUUUUUAUAAUAUUAUUUUUUUUAUGGGGGGGCUAUAUCUAAAUUAUAUAAUUUUUCCUAUAAAAUACUCCGACCGUAAACACAUGCUGGAUACGCCCUUGUCCAAUGCCGGCUAGAACAUAUGGAGCACCCAAUAUUUUCAGUUAGCCUUAUAAUUUAUUUUAAAUUAGUUACUAUAUAAUGACCAACAUUCAACUUCUUCCAUCCAUUCCACCCUCUCCAUAUAAAUUGGCAUCUAAUAUUUGAAUAAUGGUACUUAUAUUGCGCGUAUAUAGUAGGUACCUACUCAUAAUAUGUAUUGAAUAUAUUAAUUUGUACUAAUUUUUUCAACAAUACGUAAAAAAACAAUCUUUAACUUUCCAACUUGUUUUUAUUUUUAUCAAAAAUAGAUACUUGUUUACAUUUUUUUUUAAGAACUCAUAAUAAAUUCACAUUUGUUUGCUCCACACAUUUCACUAUUAUAUCACAUAAUAAUACAAUAUGUGCCUAUAGGCACUAACAAUCAAAAAUCAUAAUGUAAAAUAGAAAUAUACGACCGAAUCAUAGAGAACAUACAAAAUAAUGUAUGCUACUGUAAUCAUAGCUGUCCAUUGAUUUCGAACAUUGUUCCUUAGGUAGGUACGUGUGAAAAAUGGUAAGCAGGUCGACUCAUGACUGCUGACAAAUUUUCCCCGUAAGCGUCGUGGUAAGUAAAAUUUCAGACACGUGCUUUGGAAAAUGUGUGAGCAACACUAACAAUAAAACAACGGAAGAGAAAACUCCGCAACGACCAGCACCAUGUAUACCCUGAUCGGUAACCCUCAUAUUUAUAUCAUAUUGUAUACUUUUUAUCAAUGCAUUAUAUAAUCAAAUACAUACAUAUUAUAAUAUUUAAAAUUGAACAAUUUACUUACAUAUUAAUAAGGUGGUAAUAUACCGAUAUCUAGAGUUAAUAGUAUUACGCAUCGAUAUUGUUCUACUGAAAUAGCAAUAAUUAAAGAUAUUAUACCUAUUAACAAAAUAUUUGUUUGUGCUAUGGGUACAUACAUUCAUUGUCAUCACGAGUCUCAGUAGUAUUAAAUAGCCGAUUCAGAAACCUCAACCCUCAACCACAACCCGCCUCAACCUCAACCGCGCCGCCUGCCGACGACCAGACUCAUCCGCCGCCUGAUCCGCUACGUAACCGACAUAUAUUUUUCGCGCAUAUCGCCUACGUGACAAGAAUUUCUUAUCAGUUAUCGCGUACGCCAUACAUUUCCCGCGGCAAUCACUGUUAUCAAGUAUUAUUACUUUUUAUCAUAUAUUAUUAUUUUUGCCGCCAACCACAAACGGAUUCAUACGUUACCUUGGAACAAAAAUAUAAUAUUCUGGUUUAGAGUCGGACCGAGUGUUAUACUGAAGAUAUACAGAUGCGUUAGACCUAAUAUAUAAUAUUCGGCUAAAAAUAUAUAGAAUAUCUACAUAUUAUUUCUCCGCCUUAAUACAUACCGGGAUAAACCACAUCGAUUGGCACUGGCGACAAUUUCACCGUGUGUUAAUGUUCCGUUUAUUGUUAUUUCGAAUGUUUAAUAUCCCUGAUUCAAACACAAUAGCGUUUUGUCCAAUAUCGAUAUGUCCAAACACAACCAGUUAGGUCAAUGUGUUGAAAUUUAAAGAAUGUAUCGAUACUUAAUAGCAUGAAUAUUAUAUAUAAUGCCCCAAUUUAAGAGCCUGACCGAAAGAGCCGACAGCUCUUCAGUGUUUCUCCAGCCUUAUAGCUCUUCGCACCACAACCGUUCUCGCGCUCCGUGUUUAAAACGUUUUUAUUCAGUGUUCUUCAUUUCUCGUAUACUUUUAAUCAUGGUCGGUUCAAUCGCUAACAUGAAAAAACACUACAAUCAGAAAAGUUUUACAUAUGUACCACCAACACCGCCUGCAGAGCUCAUCGACUGUGAUAACUUCAUACUCGACUUCGCUGAUCGUAAGUUUUUAAAUGUUGGAUUUGAUUCGGAAGACAAGUUCAAUAUUGUUAUUCAUAUAAUAACACCGUCACGCUAUGUAAGCAUAUACGAGGGUUUUUUAAGACGAACAACAUUCUCGCUGAUGGGGAAUAUACUGUCAUUCAUAUUAGAUAUCUCACAAAAAAGUAGAAAACAGAUUUUUUUGGAGGAUGAAUUUACUGUCGUAUCGAACAUGGUGUAUCGAGGAGAAAAUGUGCUAGUCGUAGAGUCGAAGAAAAAGGAAGGAUGUCGUGUAUUGCUCGAUCGAAAAAACUUGAUGAAAUUAUAAUAUAUGGAGGAGAGUAUUUUCGAAACGUUCGCACGAAAGUCAGCCAUCAUACGUCCAGUUGUAUUAAGGCAAUUUGAAAUUAUUGGAAAUUAUAUAGACCGGGAAUUUACCAAUGUGCAAUCGCUACCGAAAACAGUUGAAGAAAUGAUAAUUUUUAUUAAAAACCUUCAGACCGAUCAAAUCAUCACGAAUAUCGACUUAAAUUUUGUUAGUCAGCUGAAAAUGUGUGCAGCACGAAAAUUAGCUGAACAAUGGUCUCAACGAUGGAGCGGAGGAAUGUCACCAGAGGUAACUAAAUCUUAAUACUAGCUCUAUUAAAUAGUUAUUUAAUUUUUAUUAUUUUUAGUUAAUCGUUGACCCCAUUUCGCCCGAUUAAAUCGAAGCUACAUUUACAACAAUUACAAUUUGAACUUUCAUUAUGCCUACGCGUAUCUUCAUCACCCAUACAUAUAGGGACAUUUGUUUUUAACAAUUCUUCAAUUUUGAUGCCCACUUCAACUAUAUUAUCAACAAAAUGCUUGGCAACCUCCUCAUGACUUUCACUAUCACGAUAAAUAACCGGUGUUAUUGGUAUAUUAAACUGCUCAAGCAACUCUAAUGUUACGUCAUCGGACACCUUGACUACAAAUCCAUAGCUCAUAGGUUUAUAUCUAUGUGUUAUAGUUGUGUGUUCCCCUUAUGUUCAUUAGCUUUUAGUAGUAGCGCUUUGAAAUCAGCGUAAAUAGUAAAUGGAUGCCGUUGUGCGUUUUUCCAUGCAUUGAAUUCGAGCUUUGUACCGAUUUAGGGUAUUAUUGGUAGAAUGGGCUUAUGUGACCCGCAAAUAAGUUUAUGCUGUUGGAGAGCUAGCUGCCCGCUUAACUUAUAUUUUAGACUUUGGUAAUCGAAUGAUGUGAAGCACCGUUUACAAUAAUAUACCGAAUUACCAUGUAAAGUAGUUUGCGAGUGGAUAAGACGUGAAAAAUUUGAAAUAUAAACAUAGUGGUUUUUUUCAUUGUCAGUGAUUAAAAUUAUAUCGAAAUGAUCAGCUUUUUCAUUAUCAACGAUUUUUAAUGGAAAUAUAUGGUAGUUAGAAUGUUUUAAAGAAGGUUGAGAUGUUUUUUUAACUCCGUAGAUAUUAACAGAAACUGACGGGUUAUUGUUUUCGAAAAUUUUAACCUCACUCCAUGGUGUUGGGAAUGCUAGCCCAGAAAAAUUAUAUUUAUUUUCAUGUCGGUAAUAAUUUUCUCCUACGCGGUGUUUAUUUGAUCCAGUUACAUGCUUUGCCAGAACAGCCCAUUUAAAACAAUAAUUAUCAUUAUUUUGAGGAUUGAUCGUUGC